AUGGCUGAUAUCUUUCUCUUCUUCACCUCUUUCGUUGACCUGCUGAGUGUUUUCAGACCGUAUUACAGUGGGAUCCAGGAGAAGGAGGUGGAAGCUGGAGACGGCUGUUCUGCUCACCACGGCCAUUCUCAAACAAAUGUGAGCGAAAUUCGUCUGCAUCCAACAUUAAAGGCUUUUCCACAAGGGUUAUAUGAUAACGAUGGAAGCAAACAUCUAUUUAUCGGCCACUUCAUUGAAAACAUGGAUCCAGUCCGGGAGCAGGAUAGUAAAUACUACGUCCCGGUCCAAGUCUAUGAAUCAGACAAGUAUCCUCCCUACUGCAGCGGAGGCGGCUUCCUGUUGUCACGUUUCACUUCCAGAACCAUCUACAACAUGUCUCAUUCCAUCACCCUGGUCCCCAUCGAUGAUGUUUACAUGGGAAUGUGUCUGGAAAAGGCUGGACUUAAACCCUCGUCUCAUAUGGGAGUGAAGCCACUGGGUCUGAACAUUCCCUCAGUAAAGCUGGACCCCUACAAUCCAUGCUACUACCGUGAGGUUCUCCUGGUCCACAGGUUCCUCCCACACCAGAUUUUUAUUAUGUGGAAUGAAAUCCAUCGACAAGAUUUGGUUUGUGGAAAGAAAGCCCUUAGUGAGCAGAAUGACACAAACAUGUGACACAAAAAUGAAACAAAACAAUAAAUACCAAAACAGAGGCUGAUGACACGUGCUGGUUAUGAACAUCAUUAUAGAGCAGUUACUGAGUAAAAAAUAUUACUCACUGUCAAAUUUAACACAACUGCACUCUAGUGAUGUUCAUAAACAGGGUGAUUGGUAUAAUUCCGUAUUUAAUUUAAUCAUCUCAAUAAUUUAUUAUUAUUAAUAAUAUGGUGAGGCUGACUGACGGUAGAUCGUGCUUUAAGGAAUAACACACUAUAGACAGUGCAGUUAGAGGAAAAUGGAUUAUUUCCCCAUAACAGCACGUGUUUUAUUACUCUUAUACCACAACCAGAUUGUCAUUUAUUAAAGAACGACAUGUCGUACAUUUUAUCUAUUUAUAGUCACAUCACAAACUGUGGAACAUCAGCUAAGCGAGUUAGUUCCUGUUGUACUGCAGUUGUUCCCUCACCUGCCUCUCUUUUUUCUCUCUCUGGAACUUAAGUCCUUUCAGCUCAUGUACACUUUGUACAUGUAACA